AUGGACGACGGAGAAGGGCAACAACACAACUGCGAUUUCCUGGAUUUCGAACAGCUCUUGAAGUUUGGCACACUUGGUUAUGAUCAGAUGGAUGGCAUGUCGUCGGUUGAACCUAAUUACACCAACAUUGAUGGUGUUGACGCAGCUGCUCCAGGCCAAAACAACAAUGGGAUGAUUAACCAGACGAGGGAAUGUCCCUUCCCAGAUGAGAUACUCCAGCUGAACCUUAGCAUGAGUCUUGGCAUGACACAGAUGCAGGUCAAGGCCUGGUUCCAAAAUCGACGUGCUGCACUGAAGAACAAGAUGAUGCAGCGGGAGAGCGAGUUUCUGCGCGAAGAGAAGGAGAUGCUAGAGGACCAGAAACGCAAGAUCAACGCGGUGAUACACGGUAAGGACAAGAGAUGCCUCAGAUGCAGAGGCUGGGGGCCGAAAGCAUACAAUGGGGACACCCCGGAGAAGCGCCGCUUGCUCGCCGAGAACGCGAAGCUCAAGGAGGAGCUCCUGCAGGCCUUCUCCUUACUCAACGUGGUUUCCGGAGGAAGGGCAAGAGCUGGGACGCCGAUCCCCAAGCCAUUUAGCCCCUACGGCGGCCAGCUCAAGAGCCAAUGUGCAACCAGUGGUGGUGAUAGUGGCAGCAGCCCCACCAUGCUUCUUGACCAUGUACUGUCCCGUGCUUCAGAAGAAUUCAUGUCACUUGCUGUGAGCACCUUGGGUGAGCCUAUGUGGCUGCUGACCGUAGAUGGUGAGGUGCUCAACAAGCAGACAUACAACGUUAUGUUCAGGCCUGAUCAGAUGGGGUUUGCUAUGGAUGGCACUAGGAAGACUGCCAUGGUAAUGGUCAAGGCUGACAACCUCGUUAGAAUCCUUAUGGACCCGGCACACUGGUCCAAAAUGUUCCCGGGCAUUGUGGCAAGUGUAACUUCAAGCCAGAUUGUCAAUCCCAACGCUUCGCCCCAUGAACUGAUUCAGCUGAUGAAUGCAGAGCUCAGGGUUCUGGUGCCGCGAGUGCCGCUUGUCAAGGUGAAGUUCGCCAGGCAAUGCCUGCAGGUGCAGCCUAAUGUAUGGGCCGUGGUGGAUGUGUCUGUCGAUGGAAUUCCUGUAGACAUAUCUGAGAGCAACGGAGACAGCUUCCCCACAACAUACACAGCAUGUAGGAUGCUGCCGAGUGGCUGCCUUAUUGAGGAACUGAAAGAUGGCUACUGCAAGAUCACAUGGAUGGUGCACGCUGGGUACGACAUGUCCAAGAUACCACAGUUGCACCUUUCCCUGCUCGACACAGGCGGCCAGGCACUCGGCGCGUGCCGCUGGCUCAAUUCUCUCAAGAGACAAUGUGAAUACCUUGCCUUCCUGCACUCCGACCCACACCCUCUCACAAACCCUGUGGCUGCUAUGCUGCCGGAGGUGAGGAAGAGUGUCUUGGAGUCAUCACAGCAGAUGAAGAUGAACUUCUACAAGGCCAUGUGUGACUCGGCGGGCAGGUCAUGGAGCACCGUGGAUGAGUGGGCUGGUGACUGUGGUGUUGGCGCUGAGAAGCUCCACUUGGCCGUGCGCUUUGUGACUUCCCUUGCUGCAAUCUAUAAUGGGGAUAUACAGACCGGCACCCAGCUGAUUCUGAGCGCCAUGACAACGGUGUGGCUCCCCGGGAUACCGGCAGAGAGAGUGUUCAACUACCUCUACGAUGGGAAUCGCCGUUGGGAAUGGGACAGCCUUGUUGCAAACGGUGAACCCAUGCAGGAGGAGGUCCGUAUUACGACGGGCCAAUUCUAUGGCAACCACGUCUCUAUCUUCCGUGCCAUUGCUUCUGAUGGAACCAACAAUAACAACAAGCUGAUCCUGCAAGAGGCGUACACCGACACGUCGUGCAUGUUGGUGGUGUAUGUUCCAGUUGAUGAGCAAUCCAUGAAGGAUGCCUCCAUGAACGGUGGCGGCUGUGCCUCCUUCUCCACCCCACCCUCCGGGUUCGCCGUCAUCCCUGAUGGCCUCAACCAGCAAACGUCUCCCUGGUCCUCCUCCGGUGCCAUUGUCUCGGCUAUGUACCAGAUACUUCCUAGCAGCGCAUCACCACAGAACCUCACCCUAGAUACCGUCAACAAUAUCUCAAGCCUGCUCUACCAUGCCGUCAACAAGAUCAAGUCUGCCGUCCAAGCCGAAGUUGUUGUCCCUGCCUGA